AUGCCCGGGUGCCAGGACACGCCCGCCGCCCAGGCCCCAGACCUCGGGCACGACCCCCCGCCCUCCGCUCCGGCCUGGCUUUCCCUCCAGGUGGUCCAGGCUCUGCUUCUCCUCGUCCUGCGCCCCAGGAGGCCAAGAGGAUCUGGCAGCAGAACACUAGGACUGGACGCCCCAGCGAUGACCAGUUCCCCCGUCUCCAGAGUCGUCUACAACGGCAAGAGGACCAGCAGCCCCCGCUCUCCCACUAACAGCAGCGAGAUCUUCACCCCUGCCCACGAGGAGAAUGUCCGCUUCAUUUAUGAAGCCUGGCAGGGCGUGGAGCGAGACCUGCGGAGCCAGACGUCAGGCAGCGAGCGGGGCCUUGUGGAGGAGUAUGUGGAGAAGGUCCCUAACCCCGGCCUGAAGACCUUCAAACCCAUUGACCUGAGCGACCUGAAGCGCCGGAACACGCAGGAUGCCAAGAAGUCCUAGAGCGCCUGUGCCCCUCCCCUGGCCUCUGGAAGAUCAGGGUGCACUGAUGUUGGCUUCCUCCUGUCCUGUGGGCCCCGCUCCUGGGUGGGGGGAGGGGGCUGUGCUCCAGUGGGCUGCAAACCCUGGGACCCGCAAGAUUGAUGGCCGAGGCCUGCCCCUCCUCCCUGAGCCCCUCCUCUCCUCUCUGGGGGGGUCUCAAGUUGCCCCCAUCAGUGGGGUGCCAAGGCCCUGCCAGCCCCUGCCCUCCCCCUGGCCUACGUGUGUCUUUGGAGCUGCCUGGCCUUGCCUUCCCCCCAGGGGCCCUGAUUCCCCUUGUUUCCUGUCACCUGCCACUGCCCUCCACCUCCCUAUCCUGUGCUCCUUCAGGAUCAGAAUGGAGAAGAUGAGGCCUCUGUCGUCUCCCAGGCUGGUGGGACUGGGCCGGUUUUGUCCUUGAGGUGGCCAGGACAUAGAACAGGGCAGCCCCACCCACAUCCAGCUUGGGUCCCCCAUAGACCCCUGCUGCUCCUCUGGCCUGGAUACCUGGGGGAACUUCCCCCACACCCCUCCAUCCUGGCCCUUCCCCACGUCAGCAUCAGGAUGGCACCAGCUAGCUCUCUAGGCCUGGGACACUGCUGGGCCCCUCAACAGUACCACCAGCAACCAGGCCUGGCCUCCUGGUGUCUGACCCUGUGGCCGCAGUGACCCCCUUGGGCAGGGGCACUGAGGCAGACCCUGAGGUGGUGGUGCUGCCGGGUCCACCUGGCUCUCGGGUGUACUGGGAGGGUCACCGGGGCCCCUUUUUCUUUACAUGCCCUCUGAAGGCCAAGUGUCUGUGUGGCUCUGGAGCCUGAGCGUCCACGAAUAAAGGCAGGUGGCACUGGGA